CUCCUAUACGGACAAGUGGAGUGUACUAAUUUAUCGAAAAUAAUCACGAAUACUCAGCUCCGCUCCCAUAAUUUCGCACCGAAGUAACAAUAAUCCACGUAAAUGAGCUGAAUCCCGCGAAAAUGAGCUCGCUACAGCAAGGGAAUAGAUUCCUGCCAUUCUCGAACAAUAAUUUACAAAGAAAACAAUUGUCCAUGCAAGGUGGUCUUCCUCAAAGUUUGAGCGGCAGCGAAACUGAUGUUUCUACAUCCAAUGAAAAUUUGAGCAACGAAGAGAGAUAUGUCAUAAGGCAUACGGCUCGGCAAGAGCCACAGGGUCAAGAAAAUCAGCAACAGAGUCCCUCCAGAUCUUCCAGUCACAAAGAGAAUAUACCAAAUAUUCAGGGCAAUCUACAUAACAGGAAUAGUCUGAAAGACAGCUUAAACGGGUCUAACAGGAACAGUUUAAAGGAAAGCUUGAAUGGUUCGAAUCGGAACAGCCUGAAGGACAGCAUUAAUGGAUCCAAUCGGAAUAGUCUGAAGGACAAUUUGAGCAAUCGCACCAGUGGUUCAAAUAGGAGCAGCCUGGACGUCUCGACAAGUUCUUACAACACAUUAAUAAUACAUAACGCUAACGACGAUAAUUCAUGGAUUCCAUCUGGAAGGCUAUCGGGCAUAGUAAGAGAACACGGAGAUGUGGGUUACUUGUACUGCGAUGGAAAGGGCCAUUCCAACAGUCCCACAAUACAGUCCUUGUCCAAUUUGCCGCACGAAGAUUACGUCCACGAUCAAUCAGGUGGAGGUUGCCAAGAAAUUACGGAUAUCCCGGAUGAUUAUCUUAAUCAAUCUCAGGUCUUGAAACAUCUAGCAAAAGAAGUGAAAGUGCCACCGUAUCCUAAUAACAGUAGUAGUUUAGAAAUGAGAUUAGGAGAGAUAAGAAUAAGAGAUGGUGACAGGGGGAAACAAAACGAAAGCGAGUAUGAAGGCAGGUCGACACCGUGCUAUGUAUCCCCAUUGUUCAAAAACAAACAUAGGCUCUUUGGACCGACGGAAAAGCUGACUGUAUCGCGAUCGCAGCCAGAUCUAUCCAGGAUCAAGAUGGACAUCGAUAAUUACAAACUUCGGACAAUUUCGCCCCGACCUCAGACCAAAGGACGGGAGGAGUUGGAAAGGGAAACGGGCGAAGUAUGGCCGUCCUCGGAGAUGAUUCAGAUAGUGAUCCAGGAAAACAGUGUGUUGAAACUCGAGCUAGAGCGCUGUUACAACAAGGUUGCCAAGACGCAAAAGCUGGAGCAGGAGAUAGCGAAAGUGCAUCGUGUUCACGAAGAGCUUGCAGCGUCUUGUGAACGACGAGAGAAGCUGGAGCGUGCCGCUCGAAUGAAACUGCAAAACGAAUGCCGCCGUUUGACCGAGCUGAAUCGCGCAUAUAGAGACCAGAUUGACCUGCUGUCCGUGCGCACAGACAGCCCGCCAAUCGUUGACACAUUACGGAAGGAGUUGUCGCAACGCGAGCUACUCAUUGGACAGCUUCUUUCGCAAAACAAAGAAUUGACCAAUGCGAAAGAAAGGCAGGAAAUUGAACUGACGGCCCAGCGCGCCACUUUGCAGGAACAACGUACGCAUAUCGACAUUCUAGAUACCGCUUUAACGAAUGCACAAGGCAAUGUUGUGCGGCUUGAAGAAGAAUGUCGAAAGAAACAAGUGUAUGUGGAGAGGGUAGGUCAACUUCAGCGGGCCUUAUCUUCGCUUCAAGCGUCUAGCGAUAGACGAGAAGAGACCGAGAGACAACUGAGAGGCCAGCUGGAAAAAGAGUUGCGCGAAGGUGGCGGAAGUGGUAACGGCAAUGAGCAAACAUCGAACGGUGAGACGAUUGCAGAUCUGAAACGACGAUUACGUGAAAGGGACGAGAAGAUUAUGUCGCUUGAGGGCGACGUUGCGAAAUGGGAACAACGUUACCUCGAGGAAAGCGCGCUGAGGCAAGCAGCUAUCGAUGCUGCCAGUUUGCCAAAAGAUGCAAAGAUCGCUGCUCUGGAAAAGACCAGUCAGGACGCAGAGAAAUUAAUUGCCGAGGCUCGCUCGGAGAAGAUGAAACACAUGGACGAGGUACAUGCUGCGCAAAAGAAAUUGGCCGAUCUGGAAUCUAGAAUGAAGGAUCUGGAGUCCAAACUAGCCGAGAGAGACGCUAUGAUCAAGGUGCUACAAAAGCAUACGUACGACAAAGCGGACAGCAGUAGCAGCAGCGGUGUGGGCAGCUAUCCCGCCGCGCAUUCGUCUCACUCAAGUACGUCGGCGGAUCAUCAUACCGCGCUGACAAGCACACCGGAACUUGUGAGCAGCGUACUCGGCGGUGGCAGCGGCUACGGCAGCACCGGCUCCUACGGCGUUACCGACAGUUAUAAAUAUAGAAAGCAGGGCAGCUUUGAGCAGACUAAUAAGAGUCUUGAUGAUCAACUGAAAGAGCUAGAUUCUCAACUGCUUAGCAAGCGGGCACUUUGCUGUUUUCCAGGAUUCUCUAAUCCAGGCACUGCGUCGCGAAAAGGAAAAAUACCCAAGCCACUACUGGCGGGUGUAGAUAGCACAGGUACCUCGAGCACCGCCUCGAGCAAGAGUCGGCUGCUGGAUGACUCGUCCGGUAGCGGAGGCGACGUGGUGUCGUCGAGCAUAAUCGAGUUCGCCAACGCGGCGGCCAGGCUGAAAGGUACUAUCUCGCGGCUGUCGGACGGUGCUGGUGGCAAGCCAACCGAGGAUAUGAUGCUGCUCGAGAAGCAGGGUAGAAGCUCGCAGCGGCAACGGAUGGCACCUCCAGAGAUAGGCGGCGAGCCACGUCGCGCCGGGAGUCUGCCGCCCAGCUCGUUACCACGACCACCAAGGGCACUCAAGGCGACCAGCGCUAACUCUCGCUACUGUCGCCUAAGUGAUACGGAAACGCGUAAGAAGUCGGAUCCCGGACCGGGGAUGCUGGACACGUCGUCCGCGACGAGCGGUGCGGUCAGUGGCGGCGGCGUGAAGAUGAUCCGCGACUCCUCCGGCAAUUGCAGCAUUGAGUACGGUAGAUUUGACACCGGUGCCACCGUCGCUGCGAAGGCGUCGCGCAGCAAGAAGAAGAACUCCGUGGAAAGCUUCAUGACGAAUAGCUCGCUGAAGAAAUCAUCGGUUGGCUCGGGGAUGACGAACAGCGGCGGCGGCGGUAGUGGCGGCGGUCAUGAGUACGAAAGGCUGCAGUCUGACACGAUCAUGAUCAACAAUCGUAAGAAGUCGGUCGGCUGCGCGUUGGAGUCAGCGGUACGGCACAGGGAGAUGCAGGGCCGCUCGUUCAUACCGCCGCCAACGUCGUCUCGCACUCGCAUAGGCGAGUAUGGUCGUCUGAGCGACGGCGAGUCCUCGGUAGCAGCGGUGGCGGCGGCGGCAGCUGCUGUUCUCAAGGGAAGCGGUAACACCUCCUUGAGGAAGCAGACGGGAGCGGGUGGCUCGUCCCGCGGACAGAGCACCGGCAGCACCGUGAGCAGCAAGAGUGGCCGCGACUCUGGUGGUACUGCCAGCAGCGAGGCAUCCACGGCCUCCUUGCCGCCGACCAAGGCCAGAUCGAUACCACGUCCCGGCAAUUACCGCAUUCAAUUUUGA